AUGCCCGCAAAACACCACCUAGACGAAGACCAGUUGUCGAAGCAGGACCCCACGGAGCGGCGGCGGUUGCAGAACCGUCUGUCGCAGCGGAACCAUCGCCGGAAAAUCCGCGACCGCAUCGCCAAACUCCAAGAACGCGUCAUUGCCAGCGAGCUCCGCGCCGCGGCAACCCUGCACGGCUGGCACUCGACGCCCUGCAUCCCCUACGAAGUGAAGCCGUCGCCCUCGUCCGCCUCGUCCUCGCUCUCGCUGUCGCCGGGCUCAGCCUCGGCCUCGUCUUCCCCAACCGAGCUCCAGCGCCAGCCGUCGUUCAACCUCAACCUCAACGUCAACCAGAUCCCACACCUCCCUGUCCUCUCAUCGACGUACGAAGAUGCGGCGCCCAUCGGCUCGCUGAAUACGAGCGGCACCUCGAGUCCCACGGAGCUUGUUUCCCCGGAUAGUGUCGUUGGGACGGGGAUGAUGGGGCAUGGAACUGGAGCUGGGGCUGGGGCUGGAGCCGGUGCUGGGCAGGCGUUUGGGCUGGGCCUUGAUACGAUGCAGCUGUGUGAGCAGUGGGGGUUCCAGGGGUCGGUGUAUUUGGCUACGGAAUCAUCCCUCCCUCAGAUCCUACAAACGCUCGGCCCGUCCUCCAACGCUAUCAUCCUCGUCCCGACCACCGGAUAUCCCGUAAACAGUUCAGGAAGUACAAUGGGGUAUACGCAUAGUCAUGGGCUGGAUCUGGGCGGGUAUGUGCACGGGGCUCUGGCAGGUCCGGAUUCCGUUCUCACCCUCGUCCAGUCUGGCAUCGUCCAUUCGCAUUCUCGGGGCGUCGCUGUCGAAUGCGACGUCUUGCACCUGAGUCCCAGCUACGGCUGGAAACGAGAAAGCGUCCCAGACUGGGAGCUUUUGGGCGCGAGAACGAUGAGAACGGCGGCAUCACGGAAGGACUCCCCAACCUUCACACCUCCCGCUCAAGAUGAAAACAACAAUGACAAUCCUACACAUGUAUCCGGACACCACGGCCAACCCUCCAUCUCCGUCUCGUCCCUCCCUCCCAAACCCAAAUGCCCAGCCGCGAUCCUCCACCUCGCAAUGGUCGCCCGCGGCGAAAUCGGAUACUUGGUCGCAUCGCUCGCCGAGUCAAGUGGUAUCUUUGGCCAGAACCCCCAAGACGGUGGUUCAUCAAAGACGUACCUCAUUGCCGUGUGCGCGAUCUCGCUGUGUACGCUGCUUGGUCCGAUCUGUGGUGGAACGCUUGGUCGGCGCGUUUUGGCACUGCAGGCGCAGAGACUGCGCGCUGAGAAUGAGAGGGAUACUGGCGGUUCUGAUCCCUUGCGGGGUUGGGGGAUUUAA